AUGCACAAAUUGGCAUUAUUCGUUCUAUUUCUGACCGUUUUCGAGUCCUGUGCACAAUGGGGCUGGGGACCACCACCGCCUUGGGGAUUCAGACCAUCGCCAUUCUGGGGAGGAAGACCCGGAUGGGGCGGAGGCGGCGGACCAGGAUGGGGUAGAGGCGGAGGAGGAGGAUGGGGAGGUCGUGGCGGAGGAAACUGGGGCGGUGGAGGUAAUAAUGGUGGAUGGGGUGGCAACAACGGAGGAGGCGGCGGUGGAGGUCGUGGAGGCGGUGGUGGUGGCCGCGGAGGAGGCGGUGGCGGUCGUGGUGGAGGUGGAGGAGGAAGAGGUGGCGGCAGAGGUGGCGGUGGCCGUGGAGGAGGUCGUGGAAAAGGAUAA